AUGCGUGUGUUUGAAUGUCAAGCGUACAUCCUGACACCAAGGGAGAAGCGAUUGAAGUGGCACCCGAAGGAUCUUGUAGGUGUGUUCAUGGGCUACGAAGAAGCGUCAAAGGAUUACCGAGUGUACGACAUUGAGGCGGGCCAAGUGGUGAUCAGUCGUGACAUCACCUUCGACGAAUCGGCUUUUGACUUUUCGAUGGACCGAUCAAGUGACGACGAUGAAGAUGCGGAGUUAGAGCUCAAUCUCCUGGCGAUCAAAGAUGACGACGUACGUAAGACCACCUACAAGCAGACUGGCAAGCGCAAGAGUGAAGCAAGCACCGGCACGUCACGGUCAUCUUGCCAUCAAACUGGGUUGGAACAAGCAAGUGCGCCGGAACGCGUCUCCAACCGUCACCAGAAACGAUGA